AUGUCUAUCUUUACUCCAACUAACCAAAUCCGACUUACAAACGUUGCAAUAGUUCGUAUGAAGAAAGGAGGUAAAAGAUUUGAAAUUGCUUGCUAUAAAAACAAAGUUGUCUCAUGGAGAAAUAAAAUAGAGAAAGAUAUUGAUGAAGUACUACAAACACAUACAGUAUUUACAAAUGUGUCUAAAGGACAAGUGUCUAAAAGAGAUGAUUUAGUAGCAGCAUUUGGUACUGAUGACCAAAGCGAGAUUUGUAAACAGAUUUUAAGUAAAGGAGAAUUGCAAGUAUCAGAAAGAGAGCGUCAAGCACAGCUUGAGUCAACAUUUCGUGAUAUAGCCACUAUUGUAGCUGAUAAAUGUGUCAAUCCAGAGACAAAAAGACCUUAUACUGUUGGUCUUAUAGAGAGAGCUAUGAAAGAUGUCCAUUAUGCAGUUAAACCAACUAGAAAUGCUAAACAACAGGCUUUGGAUGUGAUUCGAUUAUUGAAGACUCAUAUGCCAUUGGAACGGGCCAGAAUGAGAAUGAGGCUGGUACUACCAGUGAAAGAGGCUAGAAGAAUACGAGAGAAAAUUAAAAGUUUAUUAGCUAAUAUUGAGCAAGAAGAUUGGACACCAAAUAUGGAAAUAAUUUGUUUAAUUGAUCCUGGAGCUUACAGGGAAAUUGAUGAGUUAGUUCGGUCUGAGACUAAAGGUCAGGGCACAGUAGAAGUCUUAAACUUAAAAGAUAUUGAAGAAGGAGAUGAAAGUCUAUAA